GGGAGGGAAGGGGAGGGGACAGGGCGCGGCGCGACGGAGGAACGGCGCGGAGCCCCCGGCCCGCCUCCCCCAGACUCCGCUGGGGGCGCUGGCGCACACGCGCCUCGUUCCGCCGACCGCUGUCGGAGGUAAAGCCCGAGCUGGCGUUUGCUACUGCUGCAUCGGGACGGGCGGGGACCUGCCCCCUGCUCCGUACGGGGGGCACAGAGAGCGGGCACGGAGGGACGCGCUAGCGACGUGCUCCCCGGGGGCUCCACCUGCAGGCCCGCGUCAGGUGCGGAGCACGGACCCCACACGCCCUAUCUCCGUACCGCCGCCCCACCUGCAGGCGCAGCGUCUCUCCGGAAGUGUCCUCCCCGUUGCUCAGGGUCCCUCGGAAGGGUUCCUCCCUGCCCACGGCGGGUUCCUCCCUGCCCACGGCGGGCCCCUCCCUCCCGCGGGAGAGGCCAGUGCCGCGCCGCCUGCUCUGCGGAGAGGCGGAAAUCCAGCGCGGGGUUUGUAGGAAGCUGAAGGAGUGCCGGUGACCUGCCGGUGAGGAGGAUUUUUUGGCUUCUUGGAGAAACGGUAGAAAAUGCAAAACGAAAUAAUAAAGCCUGCUAAAUACUUCUCAGAAGUGGAGAAGAGUGUGCUGCUUGCAUUAGUUGAAAAAUACAAAUACGUGCUUGAAUGUAAAAAAAGUGAUGCAAGAACUAUUGCUCUGAAACAACGUACCUGGCAAGCCCUAGCUCACGAAUAUAAUUCCCAGCCCAGCGUAUCACUGCGAGACUUCAAACAGUUAAAGAAAUGCUGGGAAAAUAUCAAGGCACGGACAAAAAAGAUAAUGGCACAUGAAAGACGGGAGAAGGUAAAAAGAAGUAUUAGUCCACUUAUAAAUACUCACAUCAUAGGGAAAGAGAAGAUUGCCAGCAUAAUGCCUGAGCAAAUGUACUUUUUGCAGAGCCCACCAGAAGAAGAUUCUGAAUAUCAGCCUGAUGCUUCUAGUCAAGAAUCAUUUGUUGUCUCAAAUAGAGAACUUUGUGAUGAAGAGAAAGAACUGGUACAUUUCCCAGUAUGUGAAGGUACCUCUCAACCUGAGCCUUCAUGUUCUGAUGUCAGACUAGCAGCAGAUAAGAACUACAGAAGUAAAGCAUCUCAAGAAAGUGCUCUGAAAAAGAUGCAUGAGGAAGAACAUCAUCAGCAAAUGUCAAUUUUACAACUGCAGUUAAUCCAAAUGAAUGAAGUUCAUGUGGCAAAAAUACAGCAAAUAGAGAGAGAGUGUGAGAUGGCUGAAGAAGAACACAGGAUAAAAAUGGAAGUGCUAAAUAAAAAGAAAAUGUAUUGGGAGAGAAAACUGCAGACCAUCACAAAAGAAUGGCCUGUAUCUUCCUUUAACAGACCCUUUCCUAAUUCACCUUAGAGCAAAAAGGGGCAGAGAAUUGGUCUGAUUGAGCACACUUAUGAGUAACGUGCACUGGAAAGAGGGUUUUUUAACGUGAAUGUACAGUGACAGGUUAGGUGCCUGGCUGAUAGUGAACAUACUUUGACUCUUAAUGCUUAGGGAAACACUGGUAGAGUCCACCAAGGGGAAAAAUGUAUUGUUCUUUUGUAGGUAGUUCUGGUUUGUUUAACUCUGAUAUGCACAAUGUUCUAAAAUGGGAACAUAUUUUCCCCUCUUAGAAUACCCUAAUGUCCUUUUGAAAUUUAAAGUACUCUGGGUGUUCUUGAGAAAACUUAACAGCUUCAAACAUCAGGUUAUAGUAUUUGUUUUGAUUUCCAUCUCCUCCUGUCUACCAUUUCCCAAAUGAAGGCAAGGGUUGGAGUUGCUCUCCACUAUUGAGACAAAAGGUGAUUGAGAGUUAUUGAUGGGAUUGUAACACUGGGAAUUGAGGGGGAAAAAACCCCUUGUCUCUAGUUAAUAUAAUUCAUAACUUAUUCUUCACAGAAGAUGUGAAAAUGAAGUAGCAAAAGGACUGCUCUAAUAAGUGAGCUCUUUGAUUAAGAGCAGUAAUACUUUCCAGCUGGCUGGCCAGCCCUCCAGUUGUUUGGGCCUUGACCCUUAAGAGGUUGGAAAGAAGGUGACUUCUUCCUCAAAAGCCGUUGUGCUUGUUCUUUCUUUUCAAGGCCCUGUUGUAUUGAAUAUAGAUUAGGAGGGUUGCAUGCUGCUGCCAGUGUUGUGUGGUGUUCACCUGGAGUCAGUCUGAGAGGAAGAGCUUUCUAACAUUUCAUAAAGUUCUUAGAACAUAGUGAGUCAACCAGUCCAUUGGCAAACUCUCCCUCUAUCUCCCUAUGCAAUUAUUGAUGGCAUAGCAGCUAGCUUGAGUAUUUCAACCUCUCUGUAUCUAGAAGAAAAGACUAAGACUCACCCUCUUUUCCUUCACAUAGGGUGAGAAGCAGUUUGGGUCAUUCCUGUCUUAGAGCACUGUUCUGUUUUGUUCUGUCCUGUGUGUUACGGUGAUAUAUUUCUUGGCUUUGCUGUCAAUGAGGGGUGAUGGACGUGAUUUGUAUCAAAACAUUCACAUGGAAGUCUCCAUAGAGUCUAAGGGUCCAGAAUUUCAGAUAGUAGAAAAGCACAAAUAAAGAUAAUCGUUCCCAGGCAAUCAUUCAGUCUAGUGGGACAAGGGUUAAGAACAUGUCAAAUACAGAACUCCACAAUAAUUGAUAAGAACUUCUGAUGUGUGAAAGGCUGUUUUACCAAAAGGUGUAAAACCAUCAUCUGAAGCAAUGAGAAAAAUGAACAAACUCAUAAAUUUUGAUUGAAAAACCUGGGUAUCAUUAUUCAAUAAAGUAUUUUCAGAUCACGAUUUUUGAAGGCAAGUCUAUACAGUGAGUAGCAUAUUCAAAUUAGACUAUGUUACAAAACAUACAUUCCGAGUUACAAUCCCAUCUCUUCCCUGGGUGUUAUUUCAGGUGCAGUGAGUUUCUUUAGGCUUUGUUUGUGUGUGUGUGUGUGUGUGUGUGUGUGUGUUUCUUUUUCUUGAACUGCUUUCCCUGCUGGUGAUUCGUCUUUGCAAGCACUGCUAUUAUCACAGUAGUCAUUGUGGUUAAUGCUGUGCUACAUAUGUUAUUCCCUUUAACAUGCUAACACCAGCAAUCACUAUGAGAGUGACUUAUUACAACUUAUUUUAUAUGACAGACAAAAAAAAUGCAGAGCUGCUGCAAGAUAAAAUAGGCCAUGUAUGAAAUCUGAAGACAGAUCUUUUUGACAGCAAAUUCUAUUUACUUAUAAAUUGGCUGUAUCAAGGAAGCACAGGAUUUCCAAAGAAGGAUAUCAUUAUGGACACACAUUUCCUGCUGAAUGGAAACACUAUUGCAAGGUGUAAUAAUGGUAGAGCCAAAAGAAAGAAGCAAUCAGGAGUUAGGACUUUUUUGUUCUGAGGUUGCAUUCUGUGGUCUGGAAGAUGAGUCAGUUAUUUGAGUGGUUAUGGCAGUUGUUCAGACACCAUUCAGAAAAAAAGAAUAGGAAAGACUUUUGUCCUAACCAAUGAUGGGAUUCUUUCCACACUGCUUCUAAGUGAAAGUAAUUUGAAACUAUGAAAUUGAAACCAUGAUGUUAAGGUGGCAAAAGCUGACGAAUGGAGAUAAUUUCAGCAAUGGGAAAAGAGCAAGAACAGAGAGACAAUCCAGGUCUAGAUAGCCCUGUGAGAAGGUAUGAAAUAGUGCAGGGAGGAUCUCAUGAAAUGUCAGAUAAGGGUGGUUUUGACUCCUGAAAGUUAUACCAUUGCUCCUGAAAGACUUUUAUUUUUAUAUUAAAAAACCCCACAUUUAAGAUAUGCGUGUUUUCAGACUCUACGUGCGCAAUGCCUUGCAUUUUCGUAUAUAUUCUUAUUCUGAGACCAAAAGUUACAGCUCUUAGGCUGAACAACAGACUCUUUAAAUUCAGCUUCUGUUUAAAAGAAAGGAGACCGUGGGAGUAAAAUUAGAAAGAGCCAAGAUGAAGUCAUAAAAGAAAGAAUAAUCAGUACAUGCAUAGAGCAAGAAUGGGAACAUCACACCUGACACGAAUGAUACAAAGUCCUUUGGUGAUACAGGUAAUAGAUGGCUUUCUGGUGACACAGGCAUUUGCUUCCCCAUCUGUGGUUGGCUAUUGGUUGCUUUAAGGCUGGGUGGUAGACACAGGAAAUGUAAAAGAUCAACAAGAUGAAAUAAUGUAUCUCCAUGCCAGACUUUGGCUUCUCUAUCUACAAGCUUUAUAAAGGGAUUGGUGCGGUGGAGUUUAAAUGACGUGAGAAAUGUGGUUUUUACAGUUACUUAUUUUUUUGCAGUUACUUCCUCUGGUGUUAGAGUUUAUCUUUUCCUUUGUCUGCCUUUCUUAUAUACCCAUCUCAGACAAUAUGUCAGUUUCUUCCUCUCCUUUUUUUUCCAGCCUACAUCACUGAAAUACUUUCACAUAACUGUAUUUUCCUGUUAGCCAUUUGACCAAGCUAUAUAGGCAUUUCCCCAGGGUUUUUCCAUAGAUAAAAUGCAGCAGUAUUUUAAGAACAUGCCUAUUUCCUCUUCUCUGAGUUUGUUAUAGAAGUUGUUGGAAAGAAUGAACAUAAAAGAUAAGCUGGGCAAAUGAUCACUGCUUAACUCCAUAAUAAAAAAUAUACACCAUACAGGUAGUAGCCAUUGUUGUCAGCCUUCAUGCUCUUAGGAAGAGAAACUGCAUCCUAGGCAAGGUGUGGUGAAUUCCUUUAUGCGCCCCAAAAUGGCAUGACCUUGGCUUCAAGUGCUAUCUCUCUCUGUAGAUCAUCUAAUGUGUUUCCCAGUAUAAUCUUUGUUGUUUUUUUGUCCUGCAUGUCUUCUUUGUGUCAGUGAACCCCCUUGUUAUGAGCAGGGGAUUUCAUUCAGAGCUAUGUGUUUUGCAUUUUCUUUUUCUUGCCCAGAUUGCCUAUAUCACAAUGUGUGAGCAUGAAAUAGGUGCUCGUCAGUCAUUAUCUUCCCCUUCCACAGGAAGCAUGCUUAGUUAGCCUUUUCUACACAGCUGCCCAUACAUUCUGAAUUCUGUGCACAGGCUAGGAAAUAGAAGAUUUUGCAGAGAGGGUAGUAUAGGGAAAGGUUUGUGUAGAGAAGAGCACUUUCUCUAUUCCAGUUCCACGGGGGACAAUGUGUGACUACAAAGUCAUUCAUCAGGACCACAACUGUAAUGCAGGGUGCUGAAGCUAUGUAAGUGGUACUGAUUCUUCAUAAAUCCUUGGGGUUCUGCAGAAGUUGGUUUUGGGGUUUCCAAGUACAGGUUCCUUCUUUCUAGGUUGCAGAAGAGUCUCAGUGGAAGAUUUUCACAGAUAUUUCCUCAAAUCAAGACUCUUACCUUGACAAAGAAAUAACUCAUCCUGCAAUCUAUUAUACUAUUUCUUUCAGCACUCAGGCUGCUGAAUCACAGGAGCAAGGGCAAGAUUCCUGCUUGCCACAAAUCCACUCUGUGGUGUUCCUUCCUGCAUUGCAGAGAUGUGUUUAGCCAAGGCUGAGAGGCACAGCCCUCCUGAGCAGCCAUUGCUCAAGAAGUGGUCCUUCCAGAGCAGGGGCAGAUGGGAUGGCUGACCCCAGUGCCCAGACUGUGGGGCUGAAAGAGACUUGUUGCAGCCCUGUGACCAGAGAAAGGAAGGAGUCCUCAGGGCUGCCCUUUUCUGAGUUCCACCACAUAUAGUGCAGCUGAGGAUGUUGUCCUGGAUUUUAUUUAACAAACAUUUAUCUUUGCUUCCAAUACCAGAUUUUAGCAGUCUCCCAAGGAUUUGUAUGAUUACAGAAACGGUUUUCACUGCUAUUUCACAGUGUUGGGGGUUUUUUUGCUGGUUAUAGUUCCAGCAGCUUUUAAAAUGCAUUCUCUUCCUUCCACCCCGCUUGCAUUAUAAUGCUUCCAGUUUUGGUCUGAAUCUGUAUGGUCACAGUCUGUAUAAUCAGGUAUUUUUAUCAUGAUGACAUUGAAACAGCUGCACAUUUAUAUAUUGUUACUUUGGGGGUAGGGGAAUUAUAUAUAAAUCUUAAAAUAUUACUUAAUUGUAAUUUUUUCCAGGCAAGUAAAGUCCCUCACAAGUAAUCCUGUGGUCUCAUACUUUGAGCUAGCUUGUUCAAAGCUAUUUUUAUAAGACCAGUGCAUCUCAGUUGUUCUCGUAAUAUAACUGGCCGUCUUUUCAAGUUAAUCUUCUGUUUCUUCUCAAAGCAGUUGACUGUAAACUCACAUGCCACCACUCUUCUUGAAUUUUGUCUUUAGUUAGAUAUUAAAAAAUGUUUCUGUGCAAGUUAAGUACUAAUAGGUACUAGAAUUAAUACAUUUAGGCUAAUAAACCAAGUAACUCGAUGACAGGAUAAUACACAGUGACUUAAUAUAAUUUUAAAAAAUAUCACAUAUGCAGUGACUGUUAAUAUAAUUUUGAAAAUAUUACAGAGGACAGCUCUGCACAUUUGAGAAAAAGAAAGAAGACAGUUUGUUGCCAACUACUAGAAUAGGAUAAUAAUGUAUUUUUACAUUGAAAGCAAGCAGUGAUCUCUGUUUCUGUAUCACACUGACUUCUGUGCUGCUGAUUCACAAAGCACUUUGGUUCUUAGAUUUUUUUUGUUGUUGUUGUUCAUGGAAUUACACAAACCAGCUUGAUUAUCUUAUAUGUAAAGAAGGUGCACACAGGAACAUGGACAAAUUUCUGGGCCUAAAACAAGAGCAAUAAAAUAGAAAAGUACUCGC